UACAUUAUUUUAAUCGUAUGAGUAAUAUAAUUUACCAAUGUAGUCGAUUAUGCAUGCAUUUGUGUAACCAGCUCGGUUGAAUAACCGUGAACCAAUUAACGGCGUUACGAACGACAUUAGUUGUACCACGGAAUAGGUUGUACCGAUACAGCCGAUAUGGUGAUUCAUUCAUAACGUACUCAAUAAUUAUUAUGCUUCGGACGAUUUCGUCGAGGUUACCAGAAGUCUGGUUCAUCAGCGACACCGGCAGAGUGGCUCUUGUUAUUAUUUUUACUAUCAAAUGUUCUAAUCAUAUUGACAUGAUCCGCGAUAAGAAUUGUUUACGUUUACAAAUUAAUUCAAAACCGAAGAGUAAGACAAAUUUUUAUCUCAACAUUAAUAUUAUAUCGUUUAGCGGUUUUGGCCCAUUCCUUAUAUGUGAACAUAAUAAUAAUUUUAUCGAAUAAUAUGUCCAACAAGUCCGUACAGAUUUCCGAUAAAUUAAUUCAAUGGGAAGACGACAAAAACCCCUUAGCGCCUUUAAGCCAAACUCAAAUUAAUGCAUAUUUGAGUUUAUCCGAAUACAUUGGAAACACUACGGACGUAAUAUCUUUAGAACUUAAAGACAGUGAAAAAGAUAAGGAAGAUAAUGAAGAGCCCGAUAUUUUAGGCAGAAAUAUUGAAUCUACUGAAGAUUUUUAUAAAUUUUAUGAUGAAAUUGCACAAAAAUGGAUGUCUGCUGAUAUUGAACCAUAUAUACAGCUUGCUAAUGAACUUAGAAGACAGUUGGAUGAGUGGAAUACAAUGCUGUCCAAGAUGGAUGAGUGUAUACAACUUAUAAAUACAUUGGAAGAGAAAUACAGUGAGGUAUCUAAGAAAACAAAUUCCCUGUAUAUAGCAGGCGAAGAACUGCAUACUGAUCAGAUAUGUCUAAGUAAAAUAUGCUUUGAAAUUAAUGAACGUUUGUCCAUUUUCAAUUCUGUUGACUCCAUACAACUGAAACUGGAUUCACCUUCAUUCAUUGUUACUAGUGAAAUGUUUUCUAAUAUGAUGACAUCUAUUGAUAAUGGAAUUAAAUAUAUCAAUGAUCAUAUGUCCUAUAAAGAGAGUAAUAAAUAUCUUGCUCUUUAUAUAAAUGCAAGGUACAAGGCUUUGUCUCUUGUACAAACAUAUAUAUCUCAGUGCCUUCAAACAGGAACAGAAAGUUUAGAUACAACUGAAUUCAUUGCUCACUAUGGAAAGUUUCAAGCUAUCGCAACUAAAAUAAGACCAGUGAUAGAGUUACUAGAAAGUCGAAUAGAUUUGGAUCCAAUAUAUUCUGCGGCAUUAGAUGAUUGUGUUCUGACUUAUGUUACACGGCGAAAAGUUCUUCUUGGUGCAUCAAUUACCAAUACAUUGUCAAAUUACACUUCAAGCGGUAGUGAUUAUUGUUCAACAUUACGUUCGUCAUGUAAAAUAUUAAUACAAUUAACUCAUGAUGAAAAUCGAUUAUAUCAAUGUUUCUUUACAAAUAAAUCUUCAGUAUUUAGAGAAUAUUUGGAAGCAGUUUGUAUGCAUUUAUAUGAUAUGUUAAGACCAUUAGUCAUUCAUAUGAAACAUUUUGAAACAUUGGUAGAACUUUGUACAAUCUUAAGAAUUGAAAUAUUACAAGAUUAUGUAUAUGAAGAUGCAUCACUAGAAGUUUUUGGAUGUGUAGCUGAAUUGCUUUUACAAGAUAUUCAAGAACGUUUAGUAUUUCGAGCAAAUUUGUAUUUUGUCACUGAUAUUUCUGAAUAUAAACCAUCACCGGGUGAUUUAGCUUAUCCGGAAAAAUUAAAACAAAUGGAAGCUAUUGCUGAAGAAAUGCAAUACAGACAAUUGACUAGAUAUGAUUCAACAGGAAGCUUAAUUUCAUCUGUUUCUGAAGCACCAUCAGUAAUGUCAAAACAAUCAGUUGGGGGAUGGACUUCUGCUGCAGAUCUUCAUGGAAUGUGGUAUCCACCAGUAAGGCGUACAUUAAUGUGCCUAUCACGUUUGUACAGAUGUGUUGAUAAAACUAUUUUUCAAAGUCUUUCUCAUGAAGCUGUUGCAUUAUGCUUAAAAAACAUACAUCAAGCGGCUCUCAUUAUUUCCCAAAAAAAGACACCAACAGAUGGCUCUCUGUUUGAAAUAAAACAUUUAUUGAUAAUCAGAGAACAAAUAGCACCAUUUCAAGUUGAUUUUACUAUUAAAGAAUUAAACUUGGAUUUUAGAAAAAUGAAAAAUGCUGCUUGGGGUUUACUUCAGAAACAUGAUAAAAUGUUUGCUUUAAAUUCAAGUAAUUCAAUUAUUGAGUUUUUACUGGAAGGAACACCAGUUGUCUUAGAAAACUCUGUAGAUUCGAGACGCUUGGUGGACCAGACGUUGAAAGAAUCUUGUCAGACAUUCAUCAAUAAUUCAUCUAAUACUUUAGUAUCACCUCUAACAAUGUUCCUUGAAGAAGUUCAGAAAUACAUAAAAUGGUGUAACAUGCAAGGUUUGCAUGGUAUUGUUAAACAGCAAGAGUUUGCUCAACCUAAAGCUAUACAAGAAAAGGUGCAAGAAACUUUAGCUAAAAUUAAAAAAGAGUUACCUCUAUUCUUACAGAGUAUGUCAUUAUACUUGGCUAAUGCAGAUACACAGUUUGUCUUAUAUAAGCCUAUUAAGAAUAACAUUUUACAUAUAUUUACAAGAAUCCAACAAUUUUUAACAACAAACAAUUACACUACAGAAGAACAACAAUUAAUUGCAUGUCCUACAUCUGAACAGAUGUCCAUGUUAUUAUCUACUUCUUUGAUGUCUAAUAAAUCUAUCUCAAGAAAAACAAGUACUGUUUCUAUUGACGAGCACCCAGCUGAAACUAAUGAAAAUUCUACAUAGUUUACUAUCUUACCAAUAUUUACAAAAUGUCUGUGAUAAAUGUCAAAAGUGUCAUUCUUUAAACAUCCCAUUGCAAAAUUUGACAUCAUUAAAACUAAUAAAGUCUAAACCAUGAUUGGCUUAUCUUAAUGUA